UGAUGAUGUCACACGGCAGAGAGCAAAGGAGGGAGGCAUGAUCAAAGGAGAAAAGGGAGGGAUGAGGACACAACAGAGGAUAUCCAAGACAACAACGGGACAAAGAUGGCGACUGCUUCUGCAGUGGGACGUCCACUGGCGUCCACUCUUCCCAAUCAUCAGGAGGAACCGGGCAAACGUGGCAAGCUUAUUCCCCUCAUAUUUUCUAACAGGAUGACCGCCGGCAUUAGAUGCUGGAACCAAAACACCAAAAUCAGCCAUCACUGCCGCUGGGCUAGCAAGGCACAGGUGAUAUUGAAUGGGUCAGCAAUGAGGAGAAGUAUUGGAACCCAACCUGGACCGCCAGACCCACAGUUCCUUCACAUGGGAACACCAGCCUCUGACAGGGGGGAUGCAGAAGCUCCUGCUCCUGGAUGAAUGACAGCCCAGCGGAGGAGAAUGACAGUGAGGAUGCCCGGGUGGCGCUCCUUCAGUCCACUCAGCGUCUCCACCUGCGUGGAAACCGACUCCUUCAGGACUAAACAUCUGCUCAGAGGAACUGCUGGCCUGACAGGGUGAAUUCUUUUCCAGCAAAAUCGCAGCCAGAGGGGAAGGUCUGACCUCCUUCUUCUGCAAUCAGAGACAUGAGCGUUGUCAGAGAAUUACAUGGGAUUGGGUACAGAGGCGGUGGAGGCGUCGUGGCUUCUAUGAAUGGCCCAACGCACUUCACCGAAGAUGCCCCUCGGCCUCCUGUUCCUGGCGAGGAGGGGACUGAUCUGGACCCUCCGAUCCAGUCGGGCAACAGCCGUCCAAGCGCCCUUUCCCAAACCCAAGGAUAUCCCUCGUCUAAAAUGGGAGACCCGUCGAUUUACACGCCCUCCUCCUCGUCUGCGACCCCACGUCGCCCUGACCUGGACCUGGGCUACGAACCUGAGGGCUCGGCGUCUCCAACUCCCCCCUACCUGAAGUGGGCCGAGUCUCUACACUCUCUCCUGGAUGAUCAGGAAGGCACCCAGCUGUUCAGAAGCUUCCUAUGCCAGGAAGGGUGUGAAGACCUUGUAGACUUUUGGUUUGCAUGCUCAGGAUUCAGGCAAACCAGCCAGGAGAAAAGGGCAAAGUUGGCCAAGGUGAUCUACAGGAAAUACAUUGUGGAUGGAAGCGGUAUUGUCUCCAGGACGAUCAAAGCAGCUACCAAGAGCUUCAUCAGAGACUGCGUGGGAAAGCCUCACCUAGACCCUGCCAUGUUCGAACAGGCUAAGACAGAGAUCCAAGCCAUGAUGGAGGAGAACACCUACCCUUUGUUCCUUAAAUCUGAUCUGUACCUGGAGUACACACGGACAGGAGGAGAGAGCCCCAAGCCUAAUCCCAGUGAUCAGAGUCCCUCAUCAGGCCCAGCCAAGCCCCUGCCUGGCUACCUGCCAACUCUGGAUGAGGGUGUGGUGUGGAGGGGUGGCAGUGGAGAUCGAGAGGAUGAUGAAGAGAAAGAUGAAGAUUGUGGCGAUACUCCUGUCAAUAGACUGACCCAAAGUCUGCUGAUGCAGACGGCGCCACAGAGAGCAUCGUCCAGCAGGAGGAGGCAGGACAGCAGGGAGUACAGACCGUGGAGAGAGCCGGUAAACCCUUAUUACGCAAACAUGGGCUACGCCCGGGCUCCAGCGACCAGCGCCAAUGACAGUGAGCAGCAGAGCAUGUCCAGCGAUGCAGACACGAUGUCCUUGACCGACAGCAGUGUAGAUGGUAUUCCUCCUUACAGAUAUCGGAAGCAGCAUCGGAAAGAGAUGCAAGAAAGUGCCAAAGCCAAUGGCCGUGUGCCCCUACCUCAUAUACCUCGUGCGUAUCAAAUACCAAAGGACAUCCACGUAAAGCCAGAGAUGUUUGCAGCGGAGCUCAUCAACAGGCUGGAGGCUGUUCUCAGAGAAAGAGAGGCCCAAGAAAGGCUUGAAGAACGGUUGAAGAGAGUACGACUGGAAGAAGAAGGGGAUGAUGCUGACGUCUCCGUGACAACCUCCAUGUCCUCUCACAGUAUACCACUCUCCCUCCCCUCAUCGUUUCCUCCUCUCUACGGUGCCCGUUAUUCAGAGACCACUGCCAACACAGGAACAGCCGCCACUUACGGCGGCCUGGUUGCCAUGGAGGACCCUCACGAAGAUGACCCAGAGUCUAUUUUAGAUGAGCACGUGCAGCGGGUGAUGAAGACGCCGGUCUGCCAGUCACCAGGGGCUACCAACAGCAGCUUAGGAGGAGGAGGACGACACACUCCCCCCAAGUCAUCCCGCUCACCAGACGGUGGAAUCGGGCCACCUCACUACCCCUCGCACAGAGGCGGGGGGCACAGUCUGCCAGCUGUGGGGGCUAAAGGCGUUUACCAUCAUAAGCAGGUAUACCACCACAGAGGAAGAGAUGGUCAGGAGGAGGUGGGAAGUCGGCCUCUGCCCAACUUCCUCUGGAACGGAGACCAAGCCAACCAAUACGCAGGUCGGAGGAACUACGCAGACGGAGCUGGAGCCAGCACUCUUGAGGGCAUUGGUUACAGUAGCAAAGGCAGCACAAUGUCCCGACGGGGUAAUAAGAAGACAGAAACAUCGAGCAAAGGUGACGAUAGUGGGCGUGGCCUGGAAACCCAGGCAUAUCCAGGUACUCAGGUGGAGGAUCUGGAGAGAAACCAGAAGAUUCUGCAGUGGAUGAUGGAUGGAGACAGGCAAAGGAAGAGUUCUCAUGGUGGCAGCACCAGCAGUUCCAGGAGAACAGGAACCAGCACCGACUCUCGUCCGACUUCUGUUGAGCGACCUGGAGCUGUGCACCCCUGGGUCUCCGCUCAACUGCGUAACAACUCCUCCUCAGUGUCGGCAGCGAUCCCCGGCUCAUCAUCCACUCAGGUUCAGCCGUCACAUCCUUUCAUCCAGGACCCGGCUAUGCCACCCAACCCUGCUCCCAACCCCCUCACGCAGCUGGAGGAGGCUAGAAGGAGGCUGGAGGAGGAAAGGAGAAGGGCUGCUCUACUACAGGCCAAGCAGAAGUACGAGUCUUCUUUUAUUUUGAAAUCAGUUUUGCUUGAGAUCCUUAUAUGUUUGUGUUUAACGAGGAUUUUCCCCUUUUCUGUUAGACACAAGUCUGGGAAGCGUCAGGUGUGCGAGAACAUGACCGUAGCGUACUACUUCUGUGGAGAGCCGAUCCCAUACCGGACAUCAGUGAAGGGCCGUGUGGUGACUCUGGGCCAGUUUAAAGAGCUGCUUACCAAAAAGGGCCACUACAGGUUCUACUUUAAGAAAGUAAGUGAUGAAUUCGACUGUGGGGUUGUGUUCGAGGAGGUCCGCGACGAUGAUGCGAUUCUGCCCAUCUUUGAGGAGAAGAUUGUUGGGAAGGUGGAGAAGGUCGAUUGAAAGUCGGGAACAGAAAACGGAAGAGAAGAGUUUGCAACAAGGAGAUACAAGGAAAACUUUCAGGUUGGAGAAAUGGAAUGACCUGCGAGGAGUCGAGAAAUAUCUGCAAGUAGAAGGACGGAGGAGCGGUGCGUCAGAUGGGAGAAAAAGGCUGCAUUGGAGAACGAUAGGUUUUUCGUGGAUAAAUAAAUACCUGCCUGGAAUCAAAA